AUGAGUUAUGCUCUGGUUAAAUUAUGGACAAAUUUUGGAUCAAUAACAUUUUUAUCCUUGCUAUGUAUAUUCUUUUCAGUCAUUUUUGGUACUUCAAUAAUUGAAACAAGCGGAUAUUCACAAGUUAUUGGCCCUGGAUUAUCAAAUCUUAAACCUGAUCGAGAAUUAAGUAAAGACAAAUACUCAAUCAUAUACCUAAGUAGUUUCCGUCGAAUUCCAAUUCUAUCUAAAAUAUUAAACUCACUUUUAAAGCAAGAAUCUAAGCAUUGCGAAAAAAUUUACAUAUAUUGGAACGAUUUCAAGCAUUCAAUACCGGCUCCUAAUUUAACUGCAUAUAACAUUUCAAACUCUACAGUUCCUAUUGAAAUAAUUGAUACUGAAAUGAGAGAACUUGUUGCUCGAUUUUUAAUACCCCAAAACCUCGAGACUCAGACCAUAUGCAAUAUUGAUGAUGAUAUUUUCGUUAAUUUUACAGCUUUAGACACUGCUUUUGAAGAAUUUAAACGUAGAGGCUUUCCAUUGUCAGUUUUCGGAAAUUACGCAACUCUUUGGAGAAAAGGAAAGUAUAGCUGGAAGAGAGGCCGUGAUUUCAACAUUGUUCUUACUGGACUUUCCUUUAUAAACGUAGAUUUGUUUGAAAUCUAUCAUUCAUAUAAAUAUAAAAGCGUAAUAGACUAUUCGGCUGAGAAAAACAAUUGUGAAGACUUCAUCAUGAACUACGUAGCGUAUGACGCUUUCGGGAAUCGCCCUAUCUAUUAUAAUAUAAAGCACCACCUUCAAAAUACAAUUGGGCUGUCAAGAAGGCCUUCAAACAGCAAAGCAAGAGUAGAAUGCUUGAAGUUCCUCGAUAAAUCUUUCGAUUUCGUUGAAAUCACCAGAAAUACUUCAGUUCCAAUUCAAAAAUAA